AAAGCUUCUUUAAAUCAAAUAUAUAGGAGUUGAUUUAUUAGUUUCACACUCAUCCAUGAAUUCAUUCUCUAAGACGACUCAAAUGGCAUCCUUCCCUCGUCUUCAAUUCUUCUUCUUUUUAAUGAUCAGCAUCACUCUAUGCCCAUUCUCCACACAUGGAUGCCACGAAGAGGAAAAAAGGGCUCUGUUAGAUAUUAAAUUUAAUCUGGUCGAUCCAUCUGGUCGCUUGUCUUCAUGGCAAGAAAGCACCCAACAUAAAAACUGCUGCAGUUGGUAUGGGAUCGAGUGUUCAAGUGAGUCUUUACAUGUAAUAUCUAUCGACCUUAGAAACAGAGACCUUGAAAUGUACCGUUAUGAUGGUUCCUCUUACCGGACAGCACCAGAUACAGCACUACGAGAUAGUUAUACCACCUUUUGCUUAGAAUCAUCAUCCAUUAAUUGGGUUCGAGGUUUAGAAAAUCUCCAGGUAUUAAGGUUGAGUGGUAUUGAUCUAUUACAGGCUACAUCUUCAAAAGAGAAUGAUGCCCAACAUAUUGCAUAUCUUUGGAAUCUUAGGGAUCUCGAUAUCUCUGAUUGCAAUAUAGCUGGCCCAGUUUUCCCAAUCCAUCAGUUUCACAAUCUUUCCCGUCUAUCCAUUCUCAAAAUGAACCGCAACGAUCAUCUCAAUUCAUCCAUCCCACUACAACUGGCUAAUUUGACAACACUUUCAGUUCUUGAGUUUUCUCAUUGUGAUCUGCAAGGUUCAAUUCCUUAUCUUCCUCAACUUACAGAGCUUGAUGUGAGUGCUAAUCGUCAUCUCAGUUCCGAUCUUACUAGGAUUUUUGAAUAUCCUUGGCCCAGACUGCAAAAACUACAGAUAUCAUCGACGAAUGCAACUGGAUCAUUUCCGAGUUCAAUUUCAAAUGCAUCACUGUUAGUCAGAUUUUCUGCCGCAGAUAGUAAAAUUCAAGGGCCUUUACCUUUUUCAAUCUCCCAUCUAAAAUAUCUAAACUUUCUCGACUUGUCUUACAAUAACAUCCAAGGACCAAUACCUAAAUCAUUUUGUAAGAUUUUUUCCCUUCAGCACCUAAGUUUAGAAGAAAAUAUUAUAACAGGAAUCAUACCAAAUUGCAUCACAAACCUCCGAAAUCUUAGUGUCUUUGAUGUUUCAGGAAAUUUUAUUACAGGAACAGUUUCAUUGAUCUCUUUGAUCAAUGAACUAAACCUCACUUUCCUAGACCUCAGUGCAAAUAAUUUAACAGUAGUUAUAGAUCAACACCUAUAUCCAUCUAAAUUCAUACUAGAGAGGUUAGAUUUACACUCAUGCAAUGUGAAAGGAUUCAUCCCUACUUCCAUUUGUAAUUUCAGCCAUUUGGAGGAAAUGGAUUUGUCUUAUACUAACCUCACAGGAGCAAUCCCUUCUUGCAUCCACAAACUCAUAAAACUCAAUCGCUUAGAUUUUUCUAAGAACAGACUUUCCGGUCCCCUUCCUCUUCUACCUCCAAAUGUUGGAUAUCUUGAUUUAUCAAAUAAUAAACUUAAUGGUGAAAUCUCAUUAGAAAACGGGAAAAGUCUAUCCAGUGUUAGCGUUACCCUUAAUCUUAAUGAGAAUGAACUUUGGGGUUCAAUUCCUUCUUCAUUAUGUUCACAAAAAACAGGAAAUUCAUACACAAUACUUGAGGAGAUUAACCUCUCCAACAACAAAUUAUCUGGGGCAAUACCUUCGAGUAUAGGGAACUGUAGAAAUCUUACUACUCUUAACCUUAGCAACAAUAAUCUAACUGGAAAUGUUCCAAAUGAGAUUAACCAAGCAGAAAAGCUGGAAUAUCUUUAUUUAAGUGACAACAAUCUCGAUGGUGCGCUUCCUACGUUCAUCACAAAACUUAAAUCUUUAAAAGUUCUGGACUUACGAAACAACAAUCUUGAAGGUAUUAUACCCACUGGUCUUGGUUCACAUAGUGACCUUAUGAUUCUUUCUUUAAGGUCAAACAAAUUCAAUGGGUCAAUUCCUAAAGAGAUUUUCCAUUUGCAACAACUUCGGAUACUAGACUUAGCUUUGAACAAUUUCUCGGGUCAAAUUCCAUUUAAGCUAGAAAACUUGACGAGCCUAACAGGUAGAAACAUUACAACCCUGUCUACGUACAAUGCGCAAUAUCAGCUGGUUAUCAAAGGCACUAUGGCCCAAUUUAAGCAGAUGUGGCUCUACAAUUCAGGAAUAGAUCUAUCCUGUAACAUUCUCAGUGGAAGCAUUCCAGAAGAGAUUUGCUUAUUAAAAGAACUAGCUAUGCUGAAUCUGUCCCAUAAUUUUUUCUCAAGCAAUAUCCCAGAAAGUGUCGGCGAUAUGUAUAGUCUUGAGUCUUUAGACUUAAGCUCCAAUAGAUUAUCUGGACAUAUCCCACAAUCAUUGACAGUAAUUGACUCCCUUAGUUUCCUAAGCUUGUCUCGUAAUAAUUUGAGCGGUAAAAUUCCAAGAGAAAGUCACUUUGAUACAUUGAGUGUGGAUGGUUCUGCUUUUGCUGGGAAUGAAUUAUUGUGUGGAUUUCCUUUAGAGAAAGAUUGCAUGGGUAACCAUAAUAUUAGUACUGGUAGUAGCAUUCAUGAAGACGAUCAAGAGGAUUGGAAGGAAAAGGUUUUGUUGUAUGCUAUAGUUGCCAUGGGGUUUGCAGUUGGAUUUUGGGCUUUGUUCUUUGUUUUGCUUCUAAAAAAACAGAAAUGGUGGUUCCCAUAUUGGAGAGCCAUCGAUUCGGUUGCAGUGAAAAUAAUAGAAUGUUUUUUAUAGAAAUUGAUUGUAAUAAAGUGUUUGUUGAAGUUAAGCAUAUUUA